GCUUACAUGUUUAUUUAAUCAAUGAUGAUGUUCUUCAGUAUCGUUCAACUUUUUAUUCUCCAAUCCAUUUUCCUUUAUUCGAGUUUCUUCUGCUUAGAAACAGACACCAUUUCACCCGGUUUAUCGAUCAGAGACCCAGACACCAUCGUAUCCAACCGCCACCUCUUCAGACUGGGCUUCUUCACCCCCGAGGCCGGCAACACCACCCACCGCUACUUGGCCGUCUUCUACAACUUCUCUGAAACCACCGUUGUAUGGGUCGCCAACCGAGAAAAACCCCUCGUCAACGAUUCUUCCGGCGUCGUCAAGAUCGCCGAUGACGGCAACCUCGUGCUCCUCAACUCCAAAAACCAAACCGUCUGGUCCACCAACGCCGCCGCCGCCGCCACAACGAAUACCACCACCGCUCAGAUUACGGACAGUGGAAACCUCGUCCUGCGGGACAAUGCAACAGGAGCCACAAUAUGGGAAUCCUUUUCACACCCUUCGAAUGUUUACCUGCCAACUAUGAAAAUAAGCAAAAACAUAAACACGGGUGAAAAGGUGGUCUUGUCGUCGUGGAGAAAUGAUCGGUCCGAUCCUAGAUUAGGAAGCUUCACUUCCGGGAUCAAAGUUUUGAAUAUCCCACAAAUUUUCAUUUGGAAAAACGGCCGCCCGCAUUGGAGGAGCGGCCCGUGGAACGGCCGGAUUUUUAUGGGUAUAAAAGAGAUGUACUCACUCUACCUGAAUACUGCAAGCAUAAAGAACGACAGCGACGGAACUUUCUACUUCACCGUUCCCGACCGGUGGAGGCUUCUAUCCAUGGUUGUCCUCAAUUCUUCUGGUACUUUGGUGCAAACCUUUUACAAUGACCAGAAGAUGAGUUGGGAUGUUGCAGCCAUGAAUCCUUCAACCGUGUGCGACCUUUACGGCACGUGCGGCGCGUUUGGAAUCUGCCACACUCAAUACUCGCCUGUUUGUUCUUGUCUGAAAGGGUUUGAGCCCACGAACAUGGCGGAAUGGGGGAGAGGGAAUUGGACUAGUGGUUGCCGGAGAAUAAAUCUAUUACAGUGUACUCAUCGGAAUAAUGAUACUGGUGGAGGAAAAAGUGGAGAUGGGUUUUUGAGGCUCAAGUUUGUGAAUGUUCCGGAUUUUGCUCAACAGUAUUAUUCGGCUACAAGGAAAGAAGAAUGCCGUGCCAGGUGUUUGAUGAAUUGCUCGUGCAUAGCUUAUGCACAUGAUCCUAACAUAGGCUGCAUGUUUUGGAGCAACACUACUUCUCUUAUCGACAUUCAGAAGUUCAAUCGCAUCGGUGUUGAUCUUUACCUUCGUCUGUCCGCUUCUGAUUUCGAAGACAAGAAAUUGUUCAUAAUAAUAUCGGUCGUGGUUGUUGUUGUUGUUGUUGUUUUCAUCAUCUUCAUUGCUUGGUACUGGAUGGUUAAGGCGAAAGGGAAGAAGAUAAAUGUGAAGAAGAAGAAUGAUGAAGCAGGGCUAAUAACAUACUCGUCGGAUUCAACUGAAAUGGCACUCAAAGAUGAAUCAAGGAUAGUUAAUAUGAAGGAUUUGCUAUUAUUCACUUUUGAGAUGCUUGCAAAUGCAACCGAUCAAUUUCACGAUAAAAACCUUCUGGGGAAGGGUGGUUUUGGUCCCGUUUACAAAGGAAACUUAGCAGAUGGGAAUCAUGAAAUAGCUGUGAAGAGACUGUCAGCGGCAUCUGGACAAGGAGUGAAGGAAUUCAUGAAUGAAGUGAUUGUGAUUUGCAAACUCCAACAUAGGAAUCUUGUCAGAUUGCUCGGAUGUUGUGUAGAUAAAGCAGAGAAGAUGCUCAUCUAUGAAUACUUGCCCAAUAAAAGCUUGGAUAUUUAUCUCUUUGGUUCAUCACGAAGUAUUUUAGAUUGGAAGAAACGUUUCAAUAUUAUCGAAGGCAUUGGGCGAGGACUCCUAUAUCUGCAUAGGGACUCAAGACUUAGAAUAAUUCACAGAGACCUCAAGCCGAGUAAUGUAUUGCUCGAUGAGGAUUGGAACCCUAAAAUCUCCGAUUUUGGGAUGGCUAGAAUAUUCGGAGGCGAUCAAGAUCAUGGAAAUACUGCAAGAGUUGUUGGAACAUAUGGAUAUAUGGCACCAGAAUACGCGAUGGAAGGAAGAUUUUCGGAAAAAUCGGAUGUGUACAGCUUUGGUGUACUGAUGUUAGAGAUAGUGAAAGGAGAGAAGAACACACACUAUUACAAUCAAGAAUUGUCUUUGAGCCUUUUAGGAUGUGCAUGGAAAUUGUGGAGUGAAGACAAUGGAUUGGCUUUUGCCGAUAAAAGCAUAGCAAUUCCGGAUUUUAAGGAAGAUAUCAUAAGAUGUAUUCAGAUAGCAUUAUUGUGUGUCCAAGAAUUUCCGAAAGAUAGACCCUCCAUUCAAACUGUACUGUCAAUGCUCAGCCGUGAAAUAGUGGAUCUGCCGCCACCGGAGCAGCCAGUCUUUGCUGAAAAGUGGACCGGAUCAACUCAGCCUUCAACUCAAGUUGGAUUUUCCAUUAACGAGCUCACUGUCAGUGCGCUCGACGGCCGACUGACUAGAGAGUUGACCUUCACUCUCACCAAUUCUGGAUAUAUAUUAUAUACACACAAACAAGCAUCACCCAACCAACCAACAAACUUCAAUUUUUUCAAACCACCGCUACAUUUAAUGCUACCAGUGGCGGCUGCCGGCGGCAAAACAGCAACUCUUCACGCCGAUCAAUCAACGAUGACCACUACGAAAUUCCGUCAUCUGUUUCUUCUUCAAUUCUUUUUCUUCGUUUUUUCUUCCUUUCCUUUUCUGGGUUUUUCGUUAGAAACAGACACAAUAUCGGCCGGUAUAUCCAUCGGAGAUUCCGACACCAUAGUAUCCGGUCGGAACGUAUUCAAACUGGGGUUCUUCACACCCGAUCAAAACUCCACCAACCGCUACUUGGGUGUCUUCUACGCUGUUUCUGAAGCAACCGUGAUCUGGGUUGCUAACAGAGACAAACCCCUCAACGAUUCCUCCGGCUCCGUAACUAUCUCCGACGACGGCAACCUCGUACUCCUCGACGGCCGAAACCAAACCCUCUGGUCGACUAACGUCACAUCCUCCUCUGCGGCGAACGCCACCGUUCAAAUCCAGGACACCGGGAAUAUUCUCCUCCGCGACGGAGCGACGGGGGCCACGGUGUGGGACUCCUUCUCAAACCCAUCGAAUGUUUUCAUGCCGACGAUGAAGAUUAUCGACAACACAAACACCGGCAAGAAGGUGGUCAUAUCGGCCUGGAAAAACGGAUCCGACCCGGAACUGGGUACCUUCACGGCGGGUCUGGAAGCGUUGAACAUCCCGCAGAUCUUCACCUGGAACAACGGCCGCCCCCACUGGCGGAGCGGCCCCUGGAACGGCCAGAUUCUCAUCGGGGUGCAGGACAUGUACUCGCCGUACCUGGACGGGUUCAGCGUGGUCAACGAUACCACCUCCGGCGAUGUCUACUUCACCGCACCUCCGGCGGAUUUUCUGAUGAAGAUCGGCCUGGAUUCUUCUGGAAUGUUACUGCAGACACUGUGGGAUGAUCAGAAGAAGAGUUGGGAUGUUACGUGGUCGGCUCCUCAAACUCGAUGCGAUGUUUACGGAACGUGCGGCCCCUUCGGGAGCUGCGAUAUUCGGGGUUCGCCUAUUUGUUCGUGUUUGCGAGGGUUCGAGCCGACGAAUACAGAGGAAUGGGGGAAUGGGAAUUGGACUAGUGGCUGCCGUAGAAGGAAUCAAUUGCGGUGCGAUCAAAGCAAUAACACAAAUGGAGAUGGGUUUAUUAGGCUGCAGUAUAUGAAGGUUCCGGAUUUCGCGGAACAGUUUUCGUCGAGGGAAGAAGACGAAUGUAGAACUCGAUGUUUGGGGAAUUGUUCUUGCAUUGCUUACGCGCAUGAUCUUAAAAUCGGUUGUAUGUUCUGGAGCGGCAGUUUGAUCGAUGUUCAGCAGUUUAACGGUGUCGGUACCGAUCUUUAUAUUCGUCUGCCGUCUUCUGAAUUAGAUCACCACAAAGACAAGAAGCUGUAUAUCAUAAUCCCGAUAGUGGCGGGGUUUUUUUGUAUAUCGGUUUUGAUCUUCGUCGGCUGGUGCUGGUUGGUUAAGAAGAAAGGGGCUAAAAAAACAAAAGAGACGAAGGUUUUCGAAGCAGGGCAAACAUUUUCAUCGGAUUCAACUUCAAUCGUACUCAAAGACGAAUCGGAGAAAGUUAAUAUUGAAGAGUUGCCGUUGUUCACUUUCGAGACGCUAGCAAACGCAACGGAUCAGUUCCACGAAAACAAUCUUCUUGGAAGAGGUGGCUUCGGUCAUGUUUACAAGGGAAAUCUGGGAAACGGGAAAGAAAUAGCGGUGAAGAGGCUUUCAGCGGCAUCGGGACAAGGAAUGGAAGAGUUCAUGAAUGAAGUGAUUGUGAUCUCAAAGCUGCAACAUAGGAAUCUUGUCAGAUUGCACGGAUGCUGUGUCGAGAAAGAAGAGAAGAUGCUCGUUUACGAAUACAUGCCUAAUAAAAGCUUGGACGUUUGUCUAUUCGAUUCGACACAUCCAUCACAGAAGGAUUUAGAUUGGACGAAACGAUUUAGUAUUAUCGAAGGAAUUGGGCGAGGCCUCCUAUAUCUGCAUAGGGACUCUAGACUUAGAAUAAUUCACAGAGACCUCAAGCCGAGUAACGUAUUGCUCGACGAGGAUUGGAACCCUAAAAUCUCCGAUUUUGGGAUGGCUAGAAUUUUCGGAGGCAAUCAAGAUCAUGGAAAUACUGCCAGAGUUGUUGGAACAUAUGGAUAUAUGGCACCAGAAUACGCGAUGGAAGGUAGAUUUUCGGAAAAAUCGGAUGUAUACAGCUUUGGUGUACUGAUGUUAGAGAUAGUGAAAGGAGAGAAGAACACACACUACUACAAUCAAGAAUUGUCUUUGAGCCUUUUAGGAUGUGCAUGGAAAAUGUGGAGAGAAGACAAUGGAUUGAGUUUUGCUGAUAAAAGCAUAGCAAUUCCGGAUUUGAAGGAAGAAAUUAUCAGAUGCAUUCAGAUAGCAUUAUUGUGUGUGCAAGAAUUUCCGAAAGAUAGACCCUCCAUUCAAACUGUACUGUCAAUGCUCAGCCGUGAAAUUCUGGAGCUGCCGCCGCCGGAGCAGCCACUCUUUGCAGAGAAGUGGACCGGGUCGACUCAGCCUUCAACUCAAGUUGGACACUCUGUCAACGAGCUCACUGUCACUGUGCUUGAUGGCAGAUGACGUGGGACUCAUUAGUCAUUACAAUGUGAUUGAAAUGUAACAUUUUAUAUAUAUACAUGUUUUUUUGUCUUUUUGCUUUGCCUUUUAUUUACACGUGUGUGAUUACUCUGUUUUAUAAAAAUAAAAUUUAUUUGGAGUAUUGGAUCCAAUUUAAUUA